ACUCAGCUGAUUUCGAUUUUUUUUACGGUUUUAGAAACAAGCCUGUUGCUAAGCUGUGUCUGUUUUGAGACUUGGUAUAUUUACGUUCAAAGCAACUUUGUAAAGAACACACAGGAGUGACGUAUCUGGAUAAUGGUGAUCCACUACAUGGAUCAUGGCAUCUGUAGACGGUGUCCCAUCUCCGGAGUCAACCGUCACUUCGCUGCUUGCCAGUUCAGGGCGACUGAGAAGCUCUUUGCACCCUGAGCCGCUUUGCACAAUCAGAUACAAAGACAGGCAUUAUUUGUCAGCCUCUGAUGCUCUGGAUGCUUACAUCACUGAUUUUCAGUCCUCGAUGUCCACGGUGGGGCAGCUGGAGCUUCCGAAGGAACAGAACACUCCUCACCUCCUUCGCUCUGGAUAUAGAAACCGAGAUGUGCUAAAAGAAAGCCUCACAGACCAAGAGUUGGACCUCUUGAAGCUUCCCACUGCUUCAAAGCGCAGAGAAUCAGACCACAUCAGCAUGACCACAGAUGAUCUGCUGCUAGUUCCUGUUGAUGGUUCUCUUCCUGUGACCCGCACUUCAGCUUUUCUCUCCCGGUUAGACAGUUCCCGGCUUGGAAACAGCGCCAACUCGAGGGCCUGGUCUCGCUCCAGACCCGCCAAAGCCCUAAAUAACUCAUCAAAUUGUGCUUCUGCAUCAAGAACUCUGUGUGUGGACGAUUUACUGGUGCAAAAUUUAAAUUUCAAGCGUACACCUCAGCACUCUAACUCUAUAAUGUCCACAAAAACAAAUAAGCAACGCUCUCUUUCAUCUCAUCACCUUCCAAGAUGGAUGACCAGUCACAAGUCGGAGAUGGAAUUUUCUGGUGUGACUAGCAUUCCUGAUCUGAAGUACCCGGCCUGGUUGGAGGAAUAUGACGUUAAUGUUAGGACUCAAAAUGUUCCAGCCUGGGUCAGCAAGCUGGAGCGAAACACUGAUGAAAGUAAUGAGGAGCUGAAAGAUCAAGGUCAAACUGGUGAUAAUGGAGAACCUUUUAGAGGCGAUAAGAUUGGAUCACUUAUUCAAAGGGUGGAAGAUGUGCUGAAGUCUCCUUCUUUAGGCUUCUGUGGUUCAGAUAAAAAUCAGCAUGGAAGUCCAGGAAACACAGAUGAGCUUUUAGAGGCUGAGCGCUCAUGGGACAAUCCUCCAGUAACCUUUAAGUCUCCAGUACCAGUAGGCUUCACUGAUGAACAAGUAACCACUGAAUACCAGAUGGACACAAAGGAGAAGUCUUCAGGCUCAUUCUCUUCAGGCUACGGCAGCAGGAAACACCCCGGUCCAGUUGAAGCUCUUAAACAAAUGCUGUUUAGUCUCCAGGCUGUGGAGCAGAGAGUAACACAGCAAAAAGAUGAAAUACACUGCAUUUCCAGCACAUCUGUCUCAAAACCACUGAUGCAGUCAGAGAACCAGAACAAUGAUGAGGUUCCUCAACCAGUAAUUGAAGAUUAUGAUUUAGCUUCUGGUGGACAAUCAUUAAAAAGAGCUCUGCACCACCUCGGAAGACUGAAAAACCUUGUGGAUGAAAUGAACGAGAAAAGGUCCAUAGACUGGAAGGAGGAUGAUGUGUAGCACUAAUGUCUUUGAUUUUCUCUGGGAAUAUCAAAAUAAAUGUCUCUGAUAGUAUAGCGAUGUGAUAGUAUAGCGUCUGGUAUCAUUAUGAUUAAUUUGUUUAUUUAUAUUACUUCAACUCAGUGCCUUAUGAUGACUUGAGAGGUUCUGUCAUUUGCUGAAAUUCAAGGCAACAUCAUCGCAUUUGUUAGUUUUGUUUUUUUUUAAUAACGUGCUACAAGAUAAAAUAAUGUGGAGGCUUCAGUUAUGUUUUUAUGACCUUUUCAUUUUAAUAGCCAAAUUAAUUUAACAAAUAACACAGGGAAUUCAUGUAAUUACUCUCAGGAAGCGAAGUGCCUCUAGAAAAAUCUGUUAUAUAAUAUAGUUAGAACUGUAUUCAGAGUAAGUGACAAGACUUCCCGUAAAGACACCCUGAAUUUUAGGAUCUUCAGCUCCCAGAUUUACCUGUACAUAACCAAGCCUUUACCAGCACUCCGGUCCAAUUACUGCAACGUCGUUCACUUCAUUUACUGUAUUCUUUUAGUUCACUGCUGCAGCUUGAUCACCUUCUGAUCUGUUUACGUCUAAGUUCAUUCUAAUCUUAUUAUUGCUUUCUGCUUGUUAUACAAGCCUUUGCCUGUUUCCAAUUCCCGUUUUGUACCACUUGUCUUGUUUUUUUGUUUUUUUAUAUAUAUAUUAAACCACAGUUACACUUUUGACAAUUGUCAAAUGCUGGCAAAUGUAGCUUAUUAUUAAACAAUAAUAAUUAGUAAUCUGAAGAAUUAGUUUUCUCUGAAAAAGUUUUUAAUUAAUUUAAAAGAUUUUCUUUUACUGGAUUCUUUUUUGUCCUUCAAUUUGUACUUUGCCUUCCCAUGAUGCAACACUCAAGAUAACACAGGACUAACACACACUGGGCUAUAUAUGUUUAUAACAUACAAAUUGUGUAUAAAAAAGUGCGACAAAUGGAGGAAUGUGGUGCAAGUAGAAACGCUGCCCACUCAUUGUAAAGAAGCUUUCUUACAGGCAGUGUAACUGCAACAUGUACAAAAAGCCUGAAGAUAUUUGUGUUAUAAAGUUCUGGUUCAAAUGGGUCUUAAUUCUGUAGAUUUAACCGGUUGAUAAUAAAUAAUAGGAGGAGUAUAAUUUAUCAGUGUGUAAAUGCUAUUACUGGACACGGGUGUGUUGAUUUUUGUCUGUUUACCAAUGACUCAAUGAUUAACUCGAAAACAUCUGCAAAGUUUUAUUAUUAAA